AUGUGGGUGCGACUAUUCCUCACGGACACUAUCCAACUUCCUUCAUUUCCAACAUCUCACAUUCAAACAACCGCCCGUCUUACUGUAGAUCAAUCGGUUCCGUUUCAAUCAAGAGAGAAAUUCAGAAUAAUUGAUAGAAGACGUCACGAUGUGGAGCACUAUCAGAUUCAUUCUGUAUUGAGAAGAAUCUCUGAGUCACCGAUUUCGUGGAAAAUGGAAAGAAAAUCAAGUAUUCUACUGUCUGCCCCCUCUCCACCACCCACACUAUCUCUCUCCAUCUUUUUGUCAAUUUCUGAAAUGGAAUUCACGACACGAACUGGUUUCUGGGAGCUCAUGAAAUGGUUCUGGAUGCAAUACUUUGCUGUAUUCUAUAUUAUUGACUAUUUAUUCACAAGUAAUUAG